AUGGCCGUGCUGCCCCACCAAAGCCACCUACCGUUUAUAGUCCUCCAUUGCGACUCUGAAGCUCCUCUCUCGUUGGUGGCCGACUACUCUCCAAGUGUACCUUCAGUCGUUGUCAACAAGUACCCACCUCCAAAUGACGAAGGCUGCGACAAUAUUGCCAAUGGUCAGCCUCGUGGAGGAGCGAAUGGCAAUCAGACGAAACGUGCAAUUGGCGUGUUAUUUGACGUGGAACUGCAAGAAGGAACACCGAUGGCACCGCAGGUGGAAGAUGCCAUUCCCAAGUUUCUCUUGUCCGAAUUGGUUGGUGGUCACAUUGUGAGCAUCGUGCAAGGUGGGACUUGCGAUGGCUGUACUACCAAUGAACCAUGCUACAAUGUUGUGGCAAGCUCGGAAUCAUUGGUGGAAAAGCUGCAAUUGGCCAAUCCGUUUGUACAGAUUACAGCUCGAAGUUUGGACAUGUUUGAUGGAGAUGCGAGCUCUAUUCCUCCAAGAGAAGAAAGAAGUCAAGUACCUACGCCAGCGCCAACAAUUGCACCUGCUAUUGGAGAACCCAAUCCGACUGAGGCUCCUACAGCGAUGACGACAACAACACCAACCAAAGCCUCUAUUCCAGGUGAUACACCAAGCCCUGCUUGCCCAGACGUUUCCCUAAACUUUGUGAAUCAAAAGUUCUCCAAAAAAGAGGGCGGCGCUGACAGCGAUACCACCUAUAUACUGUCGUGUACAGGAGACGACAACAGCGAUGCAGUACUGCUUGGAAGACAAGGUGACUCGUGUGACGUUGAAUGCCUUGGAGUAUUAGAAGCCCCACCUCAAGACCAUCCAAAGUCCAAGUACACCACCAUCGCCACUUCCCACGAUAUGCCUUGGAGUAUGCCGACAGAUGCACCGACAUCCAAAUCUUCAACAACGUCAUCGUCCCUUCCAAGAGGAAUUUCUUAUCCCCCCUUUUGGAAGCAAAGACCGGACUUGAAACGUCGAUUUGGAAGUGAUGAUCAUCUCUUCAAGAUAGCGAAUAUGUGCCAAGUUCUCGGUGAGAUUUGUCGCUGGCGAGGGCCUAAAUUGUUUGGGAUGUGUAGCAAGACUGCACGCAUGGAAGUAGAAAGAGGGUGCAGCCUUUACUAUCUGGGAACAAAUGGUACUGCAAUAGGACAAGACUUGAAGUGUCCUCUAAAUGACGAUCGAGUCUUGAACAUUUUAGAUGUUGACGACCUUGAUGAGUGCAACGAAGCGUGUGGCACGACACCCAAUUGUACCAAGUUCUCGGUUGGAUUCGUGGCUGGCGAAGGCUUUAAUGGUAUUGGAUGUACCCAGAAUGCAGUUUUGGAACCGUGGAAUGGGUUCACCGUUUACGAGGUGGCAUCAUAG